AAUGCAUUAAUAUUUUACAGGCUGAAUUGCAGCUGUUGUCAUCUUAUCCCUCUGUUGCCCUGGAGUUGUAGCCGAGACGGCUCCCACAUCCUGGGCAGAGGAUGGGCAAACAGAAUAGCAAGCUGAAGCCUGAAGUCCUGGAGGACCUACGCCAAAAUACCGAAUUUACUGAUGCAGAAAUUCAGGAAUGGUACAAGGGAUUUCUUAAAGAUUGCCCCAGUGGACACCUAUCCAUUGACGAAUUUAAAAAGAUCUAUGGAAACUUUUUUCCAUAUGGUGAUGCUUCGAAAUUUGCAGAACACGUGUUCCGUACUUUUGAUGCCAACGGUGAUGGAACGAUAGAUUUUCGUGAAUUUUUGUGUGCAUUGAGUGUUACUUCCCGAGGAAAACUGGAACAGAAAUUAAAAUGGGCAUUCAGCAUGUAUGAUUUAGAUGGAAAUGGCUAUAUUUCUCGACAGGAAAUGUUGGAAAUUGUCACGGUGAGUUCACUUUCUUACAUUAAAAUAAAUUUUUAUGUAAUUAUUGUUUGAUUAAAUAAAUUCCUCAUUUAUGGAAUUAAUUAUUACAUAAUUAAAAUAUCCGAAAUAAACUUACUAGCCUUUUCUCCAGGUUGACUUUUUGAUAAUAAUUAAUUCAAUAAUCUGAAUGUCAGUUGUAUUGAGCUCAUUGUUACAUUUAAAUUGUAUUUAUGUCCUCAAUUGAAGUUCAUGAGUCUAUCAUAGUGGGUGGGUGAAUUGUUCUAAACAAAAGCAUCCUGUCAAAUCUGCAUAUUUUAAUCAUUUGUGAAUUUGUUUCAGGAAAUAUAUUAAAAUAUUACCAUAGUAUUCUGAAAUUUACUAUUGUAUUGGUGCUAUUUAUCUAAAUAAUUGUAGUUUUACACUAACUUAUGUUAACGAUUACAUACACUUUGU